CACUACCUCUUCAGCUCCUCAAGCGCGGGUGCCACUGUUCCCAUAGCCGACUGACACUACUUCCUUUCUUUGACCCCCUGCACUGGGUGGCUGAGCCAGGCAAUUGGCUUCUCCUCUGAUCUCUUGUUCUCCUGGCUCUGGGCAGCCCCCGCUCUCCGCAGGUGAGCAGCGCUGCAGCUCCUCGGUCCGGAGAGCUCACCUUGCACAGACCAGCUGUGACCAGUGCGGAAACUCUGGUUGCGGUAGGAUGAAGAACCCAAUGCUGGAAGCUGCGUCCCUCCUCCUGGAGAAGCUGCUCCUUAUUUCCAACUUCAAGCUCUUUAGCGUGUGCGUUCCGGGAGGAGGUACAGGGAAGAACCGUCCCUAUGAAAUCAGCUCUUUUCUCCGGGGCGACGUGUUGGAGGUGUCACGGACCCAUUUUACCCACUAUGGGAUCUACCUGGGGGAAAAUCGUGUUGCCCAUCUAAUGCCUGACAUCCUGUUGGCCCUGACCAAUGACAAGGAACGCACUCAGAAGGUGGUCUCCAACAAGCGUCUUCUCCUGGGAGUCAUUUGCAAGGUGGCCAGCAUCCGUGUGGACACUGUAGAGGACUUUGCCUAUGGAGCAGACAUCCUAGUCAAUCACCUAGACGGGACUCUCAAGAAGAAGUCCUUGCUCAAUGAGGAGGUGGCACGCAGAGCUGAGCAGCAGUUGGGACUGACUCCAUACAGCCUGCUGUGGAACAACUGCGAACACUUUGUGACCUACUGCAGAUAUGGCUCUCGGAUCAGUCCACAGGCUGAGAAGUUCUAUGACACUGUGAAGAUAAUCAUUCGUGAUCAGAGAAGCAGUCUUGCUUCAGCUGUCUUGGGAUUAGCAUCUAUUGUCUACACGGGCCUGGCAUCAUACAUGACCCUUCCUGCAAUCUGUAUCCCAUUCUGCUUGUGGAUGAUGUCUGGCUAGCUUCCAGUCCACAUGUCAAUGUGUAUGUAUUUUGUGUAGAAAUGUGUUUAUAUUUAUAGAGCACAAAACAUUAGAAGCAUUGUUGUUAAAAUGUGGCCCACAACACUGUGUUCUAGAUAAAAAAAAAAAAAAAAAGUGAUUAAGAAUCAUACCAAGUGCUUGCCAUGUAAGCCGAACAAAGUCUUCCCGAGUCCUCUCAGGCAGCUCUGCUGCAGAGCACCAUGAGCCCCUGGAAGCGUGUGACAGCCUGUCAGAGGUCAGCAGCCCAGAGAAGUGGCACCUGAGGUGACAGCCACAGGAGAUUACAUAGGUUAUUCUUUUCCUCCUGGAAUCACCCUGCUGUUAGGCUUCUCAGUUGAGAUCACUAACUUUAUUGUAAUGUAUUCUUAUUUAAUGACUGAUAUUAAAGUGAAAGUUUCCCCUCAUUUUGAUGAAUAUAUGUUUGAAAAUUAGCUAAAAAGAAACCAACUAGUCUUUUUAAAAAUUAGCCUUUCUUUAUGUAAUAAUCUAAUCAUAAGUCAAGAAUAUUAUUUUCAUGUUUUGAGACCAGUGUUGAAAGAUCUUACUGAGAGUAACUGUUCAGAAAGCAGUUACUAGAAAUGUAGAAACAGUGACAGUAGCUAUUUAUAUUUACUUUUGAAUAGCCUGAUAUUGUAUUUUUCUUCUUUGCUUUUUGUAUGCCUGUAUGACCACUUUCAAAAAGGUAAACGAAUAUAGGAUUGAAAUAAUUCUGGUAUUAGAUGUGCAUAUGUGCCGUAUAAAUACACAAAUAUCUGCACUCACAUAGAUUGAUAGGUAAACUAUAUUUCUGGUUGCUUUAUUAUACUAGUGUCAUUUAUUAAUGAGGACCUACAAACAUAAAAUCAAGUCCAGUGUCUUUUCCUGUGCCAAUGAGUCUAUAUGUGAAUAUGUGUAUAGAUGUAUUUGUCACUGGAUAGUUACUUUUAAAGCUAAAUUUACUAAUGUACUUUUAAAAAAAAGUCAGAUUUGUUUUACAGUCAAUUUUCCACUUUCAAGUAUCAUUUAUAAACAUAAUAGAGGUGUGUCACAGCAGUAUAUAAAGCCUAAAUAAGUAGAGCCAAAAAAAUUACUCUGAGAAAACUAUUAAUGUCAAGCACUGAAGGUGUGUUCCCUCACUCCACUGGGUCAGAGUGGAGACCUAGCAGUGUUAAAAGCGUGCCUCCAAGACUGUCAUGAAAAAUGACCCAGGUUGGAGCUAUAUUUCCGGUACUGAACUGUUAUAUCAGAGGUGGUACUUGCAACACCUGUACUUAGAAGGUUGGAACAGCAUAGAGAGCUCCAGACCUGUGUGGGCUGCAGGACAAUACAGUCUGUUGUCUGUUAACUGUCAAAAGUUACACAACAGGCAUCGAAGAGAUGACUCCUCAAUGAAGAGACAUUGCUACUCUUGAAGAGGAGCAGGAUUUAGUUAACAGCAACUCCUGGUGGCUGACAACCUUCUGUAACUCAGUUCCAGGAGAUUCAACACCC